AUGGCCAAUACGAACAUACCCGUGCCGGUGGGGUCCGCCGCCGACAACGAUGAGGCUGUGAGCCCGGAAGCAGCAGGACCUACAGGCGACAAUAUCAGCCACGGCGCGUCAGUCUUGCGCAAAUUCAUUGAAGACUUGGAAAGGUCUGAAGAAGGUGCAAGGGAAGUAGGAAUGUUUCGCUAUUGGAUUGACUCGAUGGUAGAUGACGGCAUUCAGGAGGGUUUGGACAUGAAAGACCGCCAUGGUCGGACGCUACUUAAUGUUGCAGCUAUACAAGGCCUCGCGGAAACUGCGAAGAGACUCAUCGAAGCUGGAGCAGUUUUGGACGUUCAAGAUGAAUGGGGUGAUACACCGCUCAUCGACGCAUGUGGAGAAGGUGAUGGAGAAGGUAACUACUUCAAGGUCGUCAAGCUUCUUCUCGAAAAAGGGGCUACGGCCGAUAUCUUCGGCAACGAAAAUGAAUCAGCUCUGUACAGAGCAUCCAUAAAUGGACAUCAUCGCAUUGUUCAAUAUCUCUUGGCCGAGGUCGAAUGGAACCUCGACGUUGGAGAAGAGACGUCCGACAUGACGCCGCUCCAUGCUGCUGCUGUGUCAGACAACAGCGAAAUUGUGCGAUAUCUGAGAGACAAAGGCGCGAAGCUUGACCGCUGUGAUACAGACGGAUGGACGCCACUCAUGACAGCAAUCGACUCGCAAAGCAAAGAUGCUUUGAAAGAAUUACUUCAGAGGCGAAAUGACGAAGACAUUCAGCUGGAAAAAGCAGAUUCAGAAGGGCGAACGCCCAUCUUGAGAGCAGCUGAGAAGGGCUUUUGGGAUGGCUUUCGUCUCUUGAUGGAAGCCGGCGCCGGGUGGACUGAGGCUCAGUCCGAGACUACUGAAGCUACCGAGCGGAAUUCAGCAUCGGCCAUGUCGAGUAAGUAA